AUGGCGGACGAGAGCCGGUACAUCGUGAACGGUCCACCCCAUAAGUCGGACAUCUCCGCAGGUUGCGCUUCACUCGGGAGCUUCAUACGCCGCAAGUUACUCCAGAACGGCACGGAUGUAGCACUGAUCGAUGGCGUGUACGGUACGACGCUAACCUACCUGGAGCUAUUGGAACGUGGAUCGCAGCUAGCAGAGUGUCUGCGGACUGUUGUCGGCAUCCGGAGCAAUGACGUGGUGGGUCUGGUCUCGGAAAACCGACUAGACUUCCCCGUCGUGGUGGUUGCCUCGUUCCUCUUGGGCGCAACUGUAGCCCCGAUCAAUCUAACCUAUAGCGAACGAGAGUUCGAGCAUGCCUUUCGCCUGUCGAAACCGCGCAUCGUCUUCAUGUCGACAUUCGCUGCGGAUCGGAUAGUGGUGGCCGCUUCUCGCUGUCGGGAUUUUAUCGAGCGCUUGGUAAUAUUUGGUGACGAAAACCCAUUCAGUGCAUCGACAGUGGAUGGCGUACCGGUGGCGUUGCUAGACGAGUUUCUUACCCCGGUAUCCUUCGUCAAUCCGAUGACACUCACCAUCGCCCCAACAGACAUUCAUCGGCAUGUCGCCCUUAUAAUGUGUUCAUCGGGCACCACUGGCCUUCCCAAGGGCGUCCAGUUGACACAAGCAAACGUGAUGGCCAGCGUUGCCCUAACAGAAGAAACAUCGGCUAUGAUGGACAGCGAGGAGGAGAUGGUGGUGCUUUGUGUGUUGCCCUGGUUUCACGCAUUCGGUUGCCUCAGCCUACUGAACGUGCUGUGCAUUAAAGAGCGCAUGGUAUCGCUGCCAAAGUUCGAGGACUUCCUGUACCUCAGCUGCAUCGAACAGUAUCGCUGUAAUACGCUGCUGACCGUACCUCCGAUAGUGCUGUUUCUUGCCAAACAUCCGCUUGUCGACAGCUACGACCUAAGCAGCGUGCAGACUAUCAUCUGCGGAGCAGCACCGCUUAGCAAGGAAACGGAGAACUUAGUACGACGCCGGUUAGGCGUUCGCUACGUACGCCAGGGAUAUGGCAUGAGUGAGCUGACACUGGCAACGCUGGUCCAGAACGGUGACGAUCACAAACCUGGCAGUGUCGGUCGCGUGCAAAUCGGCACGCAGGUGAAAGUGAUCGAUCCGACAUCGGGACGUGCGCUUGGACCGAACGAGCGCGGUGAGCUGUGCUUCCGAGGAACCCAAGUCAUGGUGGGCUACGUUGGUGACGAGAAGGCAACGCGCGCUACUAUCGACCCGGAUGGCUGGCUGCACUCGGGCGAUGUGGGCUUCUACGACACGGAUGGAGAGUUUUACGUCGUCGACCGCUUGAAGGAGCUGAUCAAAUACAAAGGAUACCAAGUACCACCGGCAGAGAUCGAGGCGAUACUGCUGUCGCACUCGGGUGUGCAAGAUGCGGCCGUAAUCGGCGUGCCCGACGAGGCUGCCGGUGAACUGCCGAUGGCGUUCGUAGUGCGCCAACCGGACGCGUUGCAACUUACCGAGAAAGAGUUGAUAGAUUAUGUGCAGCAGCGAGCCUCACCGGCUAAGCGACUGCACGGUGGUGUCCGGUUCAUUGAGGCUAUUCCGAAAAACCUAAGUGGAAAGAUAUUAAGACGUGAGCUGCGGGAGCUGGUACACACCAUUCGAUCGAAACUGUGA